AUGGACGAGUUUCCAUCAGGAUAUUUUUAUAUAAAGUCUCGUAAUUCCGGGAAAGUGAUUGAUGUUGAUGGUGCUUCCACAAAAAACGACGGAAAAAUAUUAAUAUGGACACCCAAGCAUAAUGAUGAUCGAGAUAAUCAGCUAUGGUAUUACCAGGAUGGUUUUGUAGUGAAUAAGUGCUCAGGCAAAGUGCUCGACGUGAGAGGAGGCCCACUCGUCGACGAUGCUUGGAUUUGCCAAUACGACCGCAAAAAGAUGAGUGAUGCUCAAAACCAACGAUGGGGAUAUGAGGACGGGUUCGUUUACACUUUAGCAGACCCUCACAUGGUGCUGGAUGUACGCGGAAAUCAGACAUCGGAUGGAACACGAGUCGUACUAUACCACAAAAAAUUUGGAUACGACAACCACAAUCAGUUAUGGGAUUUAGUGCCUGCGGGUCAAGUGAGAGCAGAAAGAGAAGUUUUAUUUGAAGCAGAUUUUGAUUAA